AUGUUGGACGGAGCCGCCUCUUGGCUGAAGACCAAAAGUCCUGCAGCUGACGAAUUUGAUUUCCAAGGUUGGACAUUAGUCAGUAAAUGGGUCAUGAUCCUGGGCCUUAUUCGUUUCAUCGCAGGGGAACAGGAGUUCGCAUGUUAUGCACCGGCGAAACAAAACACCGAAGGCCUUCAAGUUCAACUUGAGGCUCGCUCGAGAGUUUUGUCUUCUGCUAUACCUCUACCUCCCUUGGUAUUUACGAAGCCUUCCGACCCAGGGUCGGUCUGA